AUGCAUCUGACUGGGCUCUUUUCGGCGGUUCUGAUCCUCGCACAUCAUGUGUGGACUCUGCCAACUGAGCCUAACGGGCAAUCAGUUCUGGAUGUCACGUUGACACAAGUGGACAAUACCCGGAUUAAAGCUGUGGUCAAGAAUGUCGGUCAAGAGGAAGUGACUUUUAUGCAUCUGAACUUCUUUCGCGAUAGUGCGCCAGUGAAGAAGGUUACCGUUUAUCAGAAUAAUACCGAGGUUAUCUUUGAAGGUAUCAAGAGGCGCAUGAAGCUCCAGGGGCUGACCGCGGAUGCACUCACCACGCUGGGUGUUGGAAAGACGGUAGAAGAUGAAUUCGACAUUGCUGCAACCACUGACAUGUCUCGCGGGGGUUCGGUGAUGAUUUAUUCCAAAGGGUUUGUUCCUCUGGUGCUCGAUGGAGAUGUCUCCGGUUGUGUUUCAUACCGCUCUAAUCGCCUCGAGAUUGAGGUGGAUGCCGUCAAAGCGUCCCAGAUUACCAAGGCCAUCCAGACUCUCGGUCGCCGCACCCAGCUCAGCUGCAACAACAGUACUUUGAGUGAGGAGCUCUCAGAAGCCCUGCGUAAAACGGCUUCCCUAGCUGCAGCCGCAGCAAUUGCUGCUCGGCUUGGUUCCGCAUCCAAAUUUCAGGAGUACUUCAAGACCACAGACCAGUCGGUGCGAGAAGUGGUCGCAGCUCGGCUUGACGCAGUCGCAAAGGAGGCCAGUAUGACGACAUCUGGGGCCACCACUUACUACUGCACCGACCCGUAUGGGUAUUGUGAGACCAACGUGCUGGCAUACACGAUUCCAUCCCGAAACGAGAUCGCAAACUGUGGAAUUUACUACUCUUAUUUGCCGGAACUGUCGAGGGAUUGCCAUUAUCAGGAUCGUGCAACCACCAGUCUGCACGAGUUCACCCAUGCUCCAGGGGUUUAUAGUCCGGGAACGGAGGACCUGGGAUAUGGAUAUUCAGCAUCCACCGCUUUACAGAGCCGUGAGGCUGUAAUGAAUGCCGAUACAUACGCCUUAUAUUCGAACGCAAUUUAUCUGAAUUGUUAA